ACAAGCUACAUGUACAAAUUUGGACGUUCUGAUCCGCAGGAUCAAAAUUUGGAGAGCCGAAUAACUCGAAACGUCUCUGAUUUCUUCCAUGCCAAGUGGUGUAAACGGGAGUCGGGUCAAGGACCCCAUGAAAGAUCUAAGACUGUUGCGUAUGUUCAGAAGUACAGUCAACCGAGUGCCACCGGACCGCCUAUACAGCACAACACCUGUGCUCAACAGACCUGUCGAGUGAGAUUGGCACCUUCAAUACCACUUGUAUACACACCCUCACCGGAGAAUUCCAUGGAAAGUUGUUCUCCACUUGCCGCGUCUUCACCCUCUUCUACAUCGAGCACUCUUCCAAGGUCUUCUAGAGUAAGGUCGCUACCAAGAAGACCUCCGGUGGUUGCUGAUCACAGAUCUCCAAGAGUAAGACCAACUUCCAACCUCCUCUUGCCUCACGACGAAUUGGCGAAUGGAAAGGCUCAGCUGAACAUUGAGUAA